UAAAAGGGCGGCCAUAUUUGAUAUUGUGUGCAGGGUUUGUGUUUAUUUCUUGUAACACCUAUGUUGGUUCAGCAGUCUUGCUGUGGAUGGUUCCUUUCAAAUUUUGAGGUAUAUGUUGGACAUGGCCAAAAGGGAGAAAGUAGUGCAGACAUAUGGAAGGCAUAGGAAUCGUGUCAUUACCACAAAUGAUCUAUGGAGCUCUGGAGAAGAACGAGGGAAAACUUUAUUCAGUAGUUCUGAAGACUCCUCUUUAUCAAUUACUGACAGAUCCAGGAAUGUAUCCUCAAGGUCAUUCAAUUCUUUCUCUAAAACAAGGUCAGUAGACAAACACAGUGCUAAUAAAGAAAACAGGAGCAGAAAGCCUAGGAGGGCAAAAGUUGAAGCUGUUGACAGGCUUUUUGCUCUCACAGACUCUGCAAACAGCUCCCAAAAUACAUCAAAUGUAGGCUGCAGGAAAGCUCUUAGAGAUCGAAAUGGAAUUUUUGACAUCAAAAGUGAUGAAAAGGUGAGCAAAAAACCUCAAACAGAUAAAAGAAAACAACCCAGGAGGGCCAAAAGGACAGAAAACAAGAAAACCAAGAAUGCAAAAGGCUCUUCCAAGGAACCAGCAGCAUUUAAUUUGAAAUCAGACACAAGUGACUUGAAAAUAGAAGCUUCUCAUUUUAAUUUCAGCCAGUUUGACAAUUACAGUUUGGUUUUAUCUGACUCUCCUCUAAAAGAAGGAGAAAAAAUAUCUGGUCGUGAUUCUUUAUUGAAAGAACUGAGUGGUAUAACAGUGCAGCAAACACCUGACAUUGUCACAAGGGGAAAGCCAGCAUUGAGAAAUGUCACCAGUGUUGAAACCAGCACACCAAAUAUAUACCAUAAGGCAAAGCGGACAGAUGCUGCUGGUAAAAUAAAACCUGAAGAGAUCUCAUUGAUAGAGCAUUUUGACUCGAAUCCCAACACCCCAUCCCAAGAGUCUAAGGAACAGGAAUAUGCAGAGAUAUCUGCAGGUGUAGAAAAACUUAGUCUUGGAGAUAGUUCGAAAAACAGCAAGGAUGUUCGCUCUGGUAACACUUACCAGGUUACAGACAGACAAGAGUUAACCUAUGCACUUAGAAAGUGCCAAGUAGUUUUAGACAGGUGUAAAAACCUUACACAGAAUGAUGAAUGUGAAGAUGCGAAUUGUGAAAGCACAAAGACCUGUGACACUGAUGGAAUUGGAUUGAAAAGCUGUGAAAUUAUGGUUCAGAAAAUAACAGACAGUUUUGUUACACGCAGACGGCGCCCUGCGUGCAAGAGUUCAAAUGGUAAACAUGCUAGCCUUGAUUCAAUUGUGGAGCUGUCUUUUGAUGCCUCUGCAGACUUAUUUGACACAGACACACCUAGUGAACACUCUGAUGCUGAGUUAGCAGAUCUUCCCAGUCCUAAAGGAUGCUACAUGUUACGGGGUCAAGGGCCUGUGACGAGGAAUAGAAAUGUAUCCGGCGAUUCUAUAAUUAGUGCCAUUUCUGAAAUUGAAGAAGAGGAAGAGGUUGAAACAGAUGAGGAUGAGGAACUUGUUUCUGAAAAUGACGAUCAAGAGCAAGCUAGUGAUGUAGAACAGGGUGAAACUGAGGAGGAAGAAGAUAGUAGUGAAGAAGAAGAUGAAGAUGAGUGCAAGGCUGAGGUAAUUUAUUGGGAUCAAGGAGAUUAAAAGAUGGAAGUACU